UUUUUUACUUUUUAGUUACGACCCGAUCGAGUUGGCGGCCGUUUGUCGGUUAUAAGGUUAGUCAUCCGGUCCCGUCACAUUCACUCGUCUGCGAGCAACGACCAUUUCAUCAAGCCGCUGGUGAAAAAUGGCAUUCGAUCACAUUCACGAUUGAAAAAUCAUAUAACAAAUGAAUAGCGGCACGACCAAUCUGUUCACCACCAAAGAAUAUGGAAGUAGUGUAAAACUGAAAAUAACCCCUUGUCUCAACUGACUGUCUCGAGUGUGGGACCCGUUGUUUUUCUUUUUGAGUUGUCCGAGCCCCUUUUGUCAAUUCGCAUUUGUUUUCGACGCGUGUGGACCCAGACGGCCGAUUUAUCGAACAGUUUACCUUCGUCGGACUCUAACAAAAAUGGAUCCAAUCAAAUCCGGAAUGAGCAUUCAGAUCAGGAGGACAGACGGGAGAACUCAUCCAGCAAUAGUUUCAAGUGUUAAUAACACCUUGCGAAGUGUCACAGUUGAAUGGUUCGAAAAAGGAGAGACCAAAGGAAAAGAGAUUGAAUUUGAUGCCAUUUUUGCACUAAAUGCUAAUUUAUUGCCAUCGAACAAUAUUAUAAACAGAGGAGGAAGUUUAGCAGUGGAACCGCCAAUCAAAGGCAUUAGAGAUUCAUCAACGUCCUGGGACGAUGACGAUGAUGAGGAUGAUGAAAGUCAGCAAGAUGCAUUCAUGACAGAUUGUGACAAUGGGAAUGUUAAGGAUAAAACAACAAUUUCUUCCACAACAUUGGCCGUUAGUAGUCUGCCAAAUCCUCGUACGUACUCACAAACAAGAACAUCACUAGCAGGUGGCAAUAGAUAUCGACUCAACCCGUCACGAGCUACUUUUGCAAACAACGCCAAUGGCGUGUCAACAAAUGAGAAACCUAGAGGAGUUGAAAAUAUUCCUCCAGCAACACCAUCUUCUGUUGUAAAUAGUUCUCUGACCAAGAUUAAAUCUACGGAAAGUUGUAUACCUGCUGCCAUCCAACAGCAACAGCAAAUGCCCGCACCCCAGAAUGAUCCACUUAAUUCCAAUAUGGCAAGAGCUCGGCGAAGCAAUGUAGUAAAGGAAGUGGAAAAGCUAAAGAAGAACCGUGAAGAACGUAGGUUACGUCAGGCUGAGAAGAAGGAAGAGAAGGAAGCUAUGAUGAAUAUAGACCCAGGAAACCCAAAUUGGCAGUUCCUCGCAAUGAUAAAAGAGUAUCAGUCGAAUGUAGAUUUCAGACCUUUAAAAGAUACCGAUCCUGUAGAAAACCAUCAAAUUACAGUUUGUGUGAGAAAAAGGCCGCUAAAUAAAAAAGAGUUGAGUCGAAAAGAAGUCGAUGUCAUUACAGUCCCUCGCAAAGAUCUUAUUGUAGUUCAUGAACCUAAAAACAAAGUGGAUUUAACAAAGUAUUUAGAAAAUCAACAAUUCAGAUUUGACCAUGCGUUUGAUGACACAUGCUCAAAUGAAACUGUAUACAAGUUUACCGCCAAACCGUUAGUUCAAACUAUAUUUGAAGGAGGGAUGGCAACUUGCUUUGCCUACGGUCAAACUGGAAGUGGAAAGACCCAUACUAUGGGAGGUACAUUUUCUGGGAAAACACAAGAUUCGAACAAAGGAAUAUACGCCAUGGUAGCUAAGGAUGUUUUCAAGUUCCUCAAUUCUCCUCAAUACAAGUCACUCAUAGUUACCUCGAGCUUUUUUGAAAUCUACAGCGGAAAGGUGUUCGAUCUUCUGGCUGAUAAAUCAAAACUUCGAGUUUUAGAAGAUGGUAAACAACAAGUUCAGGUUGUAGGCUUAACCGAAAAGGUAGUCGGAUCAGUCGAAGAAGUGCUUACCAUCAUUGAAACAGGAAAUAAAGCAAGAACAUCUGGUCAAACAUCAGCUAAUUCUAAUUCAUCACGAUCCCAUGCAGUUUUUCAAAUUACCCUACGUAACGAAGCGCAUAAAAUUCAUGGAAAGUUUUCAUUGAUUGAUUUAGCUGGUAAUGAACGUGGAGCUGAUACUUCUUCAGCCAACCGCCUUACUAGAAUGGAAGGAGCUGAAAUUAACAAAUCACUUUUAGCACUGAAAGAAUGUAUUAGAGCCUUGGGAAGAAAAGGUGCACAUUUGCCGUUCAGAGCGAGCAAAUUGACACAAGUGUUGCGUGACUCUUUUAUAGGCGACAAUACUAAAACUUGUAUGAUUGCUAUGAUUAGCCCUGGAAUGAGCUCUUGUGAACACUCACUCAACACCCUAAGGUAUGCGGAUCGUGUUAAGGAACUAGCUGCUAGUGAUCCAACAUUACAUUAUGACGAAGACAUAAACUCUGCAAACCACGAACAAUCUCUCAAUCAUGAUGAUUUGGCAGCACUGAGGUCGUUAAAUGAAGGAGAAAUAUCUGCAGAUUUAUACAAUUUCCACGAAGCCAUUUCACAUUUACAACAAUUAGAAGAUGAGGUUUUAGAUAGUUUUAAACUGUGGAGGGAAAAUUCUCAAAAAUGGGAAACUCGGGAAAACCAGCUUCUCUUGAUGACAAAACAUGUGGAUUAUGAUCAAGAAGCGUUUGCUACUGACUUAGAACAAGUAUUAAAUGAAAAGCAGAAACAACUUCAGGGCUUAUUGGAAAAAGUUCUAGUUUUUAGAAAUCAGUUAGUAGCUGAGGAAGAGAUUUCAAAGAAAAUGACUGACAAACCCCACACCCGUGCAUUACACUAAUCUCGUCUAUUGAAUAGAAUUUAAUCUUUACCAUCAGCGUAUCACAAUUAUUUUACAUUUUGUUAUUAAACAUCUUCCUUUUUUCUUUACUUUUUUAUUUCAUGUGGUUUUCUUUUUAAUUUUUUUUUUAAACCUGUAUUCACUAAGUGAAAUUGAAUGUUAACAAUAAACAUAUUUUAAAAAAAUGUAAAAGAAUAAACGAUCAGACUAAAUAAUAAAUAACAAAAGAUAAUGUAUCACAUAUAUUGUUAAAAAGUAUACCCACAUGAUGAUAAAAAUUGUUAAUAAUUAUAAAAUCAGUUGAAUUUGAAAACUACAUCUUUCUUCACUGUUUUAUCGCUGUCAAACACAAAAUUUUCCAAUUCAAAAGGCAAUUAUGUGAGUGUAUGGCAACCUAUUAAAUAUUUAAUUGUGUUUUAUGUAUUUUUUAAAAAUAUUUAUAUUAAUGUUUUAAUGUUUCAAGUUGUGAUUCUGUAAACAUUCAUUUGUCGCAGUUUACUCCAAUAACAAUGUGAAAUUUAAAUUAGAUUAUUGUAAUUUACUUCAUAUUACUAAUUAAAUUGUUUAAAAAAACAUCUACAAUGAGUGCUUUUAUCCUGUAAAAGUUAUUUCUUAAUUGUUAAUGAACUUAAUUAGAAAAACAUUGCAUUAAACUAAUUAAAAUUAAUUAAUUAAUUUUUUGAACAAAUCUGUAUUUAUUUGAGCUGUCCCAAGUCACUUUACGUGGGCAGUAUUAUUAUUUAUAUGUUUGUUAUUCAGUUAAGAAUUUAUAAAAUUCUAGAGCACAUAAUAAUUAUGAAACUGACCUGUUGAUUGACAAAAGUAAACUAAUGUGAGUAAUAAUUUUUUCUCUCUCUCAAAUAAACCAUGUGAUAAUGUUUACUCGCAGAAAAAAAGUCAAAGUUUGUAAGUGAAAUCGCCAUUUACUUUGUCAAAAGGAUUUUUUUUUAAUGUCUUUUGAGGCGAAAGGUUUUUGUUUUAAUUUUUUCCACGAGGAACAGUAAAUUAUUGUAUUUUAUACAAAUUCUUACAGGAACGAGUCUCUUUUCCGUUGGUUAGAUCUUUAUACAGGGUAUCACCUGACUAAUUAUGGUCAGAGAAUAUUUUUUACACAGUUCUUU